UUCGUUAAUUAAUGCCCAAUCCUGUGAAGUUCUCCAUAUAUGCGAGCUGGACGAGUGAAUCAAUAAUAUAAGUCUCCAGCACGCCUAAAUCUUAAGGUCGUGAGAAGCUUCAAUGGCAUUGGUAGGUUUCUUGGAGAUAUUCUUGGCCGCGAUCUGCUUCGCGUUCCUUCGUCUCCUCGGCAAGAGCCAUGAUGGGCUCCCCCAGAACUGGCCGCUCGUGGGGAUGCUCCCGGCGCUCUUCCUCAACCUGGGCCGCGUUCACGACUGGGUCACCAGCUUUCUUGAGCGGAGCCGCGGCAACUUCCUCUUCCGGUUCCACUGGUUUUCCGGCAUGGACAUGCUGGUCACCGCCGAUCCCGCCAACGUCCACUACAUCAUGAGCACCAACUUCGAGAACUUCCCGAAAGGGGCCGAGUUCAAGAGGGUGUUCGACGUUUUGGGUGACGGGAUCCUCAACUCUGACUCAGAUGUGUGGAGGAUGCAGAGAAGGGUCGCUCAGGUGUUUAUGAACGACCAACGGUUCUGUCGGUUCUUGGCGAAGACGACCACGGACAAGGUGGAGAAUGGCCUGCUCAGGGUGUUGGACGAAUUGUCUCAGAGAGGUGUCGCGGUGGAUUUGCAGGAUUUGUUCCAGAGGUUCACCUUCGAUGCUGCUUGCAGAUUCAUCACGGGGUUCGACCCCGGCAGCUUAUCCGUCGAAUUCCCGGAAGUCCCAUUUUCCAAGGCAUUGGAUGAUGCCGAGGAGGUGAUUUUCUAUCGCCAUAUGUACCCCGAGUGGUUCGGGGCUCUGCAGAGGUGGUUGGGCUUGGGAUUGGAGGAGAAACUGAGAAGCGCUUGGGAAGUAAUGGACCAAGUUGUAGGGAGUUACAUAGAGAUGAAGAGAGUUGAACUGAGAGAAGGAACCAGCAAAACGGAGAGAGAUGAAAAUGGUGCAGAUUUAUUGACAUUGUACAUGGUGGAAAAAGAGACAUUGGGUGCUUUAGAAUGCAAUGACAAGUUCCUUAGGGACGCGAUUUUGAAUCUCAUGAUCGCUGGGAAAGAUACAACUAGUUUGGUGCUCACAUGGUUUUUUUGGGCUCUUUCCACGAACCAGUCUGUUGAAAUGAAAAUCAGAGAGGAGAUCAGAUCUGUAAUCCCGGAGGAAGAACAAAACCUAAAGGUCUUCAAGAUUGGUGAGCACGUGCACAACUUGGUUUACUUACAUGGCGCGCUAUGCGAAUCAUUAAGGCUGUAUCCACCGAUUCCAUUCGAACACAAAUGCCCUGUAAAGCCCGACGUCCUUCCCAGUGGACACAAAGUCAAUCCUGGUAAGAAAAUACUCAUCCAUUUGUAUGCAAUGGGGAGGAUGAAAUCAGUAUGGGGAGAGGAUUGCUUUGAAUUUAGACCAGAGAGGUGGAUUUCGAAGAGCGGAGGAGUUAGGCACGAGCCGUCGUACAAGUUCUUGGCAUUUAAUGCGGGACCAAGAACUUGUUUGGGAAAACAAGUGGCUUUCACUCAGAUGAAAAUGAUCGCAGCCGUUGUAAUACAUAACUACGAAGUUCAUGUUGUGGAAGGUCACCCUGUGAGACCUUCUAAUUCUAUCAUACUUCACAUGAAACAUGGAUUGAGGGUGAAGCUCGCUAGGCGAAGGCUCUAAACAGACAAACGACGGGGAACAUUACCUAGAAACUUUAAAUCUAUGUAUACCGAACAUUUGCGUGUAUGUGCCUUCUGGUUGUUUGAAACUAUAAAUCUAUGUUAACCGAA